AUGGAGGAAUCUGAGCUGAUGCAAGUAUGUUCAGUUGGAGGUAAUGCUGUUUCUGCGUUUCUAUCAUGGAGGCUACAAGCCACGAACGCCUGCGAUGUGACGCUUGUGUGGAAGUCGGGAUUCGAGAGCGUCUACCAAUACGGCAUAUCUUUCAAGUCGGCAACCUUCGGUAACGAGCGCUUCAAGCCGCGACACGUGGUUAGGACACCAGAAGAAGCCGCACAGAACAAAGGUGGCGCAUAUGAUUACGUCAUUGUCUGUAUAAAAGCGCUGCCUGACAUUUACGACAUCGCCGCCGUCAUUGAUUCUGUCGUUACGCCCCAGCACACAUGCAUUUUAGUAAAUACUACUCAUACCCUUGGUGUAGAAGCCACCAUUGAAGAACGAUUUCCGACCAAUGUUGUAUUAUCUCUCGUUUCCAAUGCCGAGAUAUCGCAAUUAGGAACAAGUGAAUUUGAGCACAGCGGUUCCACUGAGAUCUGGGUUGGACCAGCAAACAAAAACAACAAUAUUCCUUUAACGAUUCAAGAAGAUAUGGCUCAGGCUCUUGCAAUGACUUUGAGUUCAGGUCAGGUGGAUUGUAAAGUCUCGAAAAACAUCCGACAGCAACAAUUUGAACGAGUAAUUGGGCCUAUCGCAUUCCAUCCCGCUAGCGUUAUCUUCGAAACCCCCUCACACGCUGCGCUUCUAGAGAAGCCAGGGGUUCGGCAGAUGGUUUCCGAUGUCAUUGAUGAAUUGAUAAGUCUUGCGAAAGCCGAGGGGUGUGCACUUAGUGCCGACUUUAAGGACAGGACGAUCAAGGAUCUAAGUCAACCUUCUGAGGCCACCAGUAUCAUGUGGCAAGACUACAUUGCGAGGCGACCGAUGGAAGUAGAAACGUUUCUCGGCUCUCCCAUUAAAUUGGCAGAGAAGUUGGGGAUGAAGUUGCCUCGCAUUGAGACUCUAUAUGCAAUUUUUCACAAUAUAAACACGGUGAACCAAACCAGACCUAAGGAGAUUAAUGGACUUUCGCCUGCGCCUGGCUCACCGUCAUCUUCGUCCCCGAUGCCUCGAAUCUCAUCAGGUGGUCCCCCACGUCCUAUGCCCAAUGGAAACGGGAUGCCUCGACCUCGGCCGAGGCAAUCGUCUAACUUUGGGGGCCCGCCGCCUCCUGGCAUGCGCCGCCCCCCUCCGAACGGCGGUCCUCCAAAUGGACAGCGCCCUUCUAUGAACGGCACGCCUAAUGGUUAUCCGAGACAGCCUUCGAGACGCGGAUCCUUCGAAGAUAACGACUUGGGAGAAUUUAGUCACUUGGUGGUUUAUGAUGACGCAGAGGGAGCCAAUGGUGGGACCUAUCCCGGAGAGACGUCGGAUGUCGCAUUAAGAGAGAGGGAGUUCCAAUUGCGUCAGCGUGAGUUGGAUCUAAAAGAGCAAGAAAUGCGCAUGCGUCGAGGUGGCUAUGGAGGACCACGGAGGCGUGCUCCUCUCAUGCGGAAUGGUGCCGGCAUGUACGAUGACGAAGAUGAGGACGACGAUUAUUUCGACACGAGUGCAACUCCCGGGGCGCCCAUGAUUGACCCCGAUAAUUUCGAUAUGAUGAGCGUCACAUCCAGGAAGAACCGUUCGAAGCCGCCACCAAAUCAGAAUGAGAUCCGCUCGGGUCACCUCAAUGGGCGCGAAAAUGGCAUAUCAUCAAGGGGUAACCGAUUUCGACCUAGUUUUGGGAGGAACCGCUCAAGUCAAAUCAUAAAUUCCAUCCCUAAUCUACACGAGAACAUCUUGGAUGAUCCUAUGAUGAGUUACUCUUCCAAUCGGUACGGUAAUGUCGACCGGGGACAAAUUCAUGCAGGGUCAAGGUCAAAUUCUUUGACAACCUCUCACCUACAGGAGUUCCAGAAUGGACCGGGCAUGAAUGGUGCAUACCCUAGACGGAUUAGUCAGUCGCCAGGAAACCCAUACACACCUUCCAUGCGUGGUGGAAACGGGCGCCCAUCUCCUCCUAAUGGAAUGCAGCAACCCAUUCCUCGGUACCCCCCUGGCCACGGCAAUACCGUAGCACCGCAGCAGGUUGAGCAACGAGUCGGGGUGAGCACUCUCCAACCACCCCACGUGAAACCCAUGCGAAGUCUGACCGGCAGUGCGAGUGCCAGCGCGGGGAGUGGUGAUUCCACAAACCUAGGCUCGGAGCCUUCGGCGCAUAGUAGCCAGAGUAGUCUGGGACCGCGACCUCCCUUGGGCACUCGGUAA